AUGAAACAGCAUAAGGAGGAUCCGUUGAGCAUGGUGAAUCCAGAAGAGGUGGUUCCUUUUUCGAGCGAAGAGAGAGAGAAGCACCAAAAGAUGCUGUAUCAACUUCACCGAAACACUGGUCAUGGUAGCAUGGAAAACUUGGUUCGGGCCCUUCGGGCAAGAAACGCUGACCCCCGGAUAGUAGAAUUGGCCAGGAGCUUAAAGUGUUCUGUGUGCGAGGAGUCAGCACGUCGGACCCCUAGACCUCGAGCGAUCUUGGAGCCACUGCCUCCAAAGUGGAAGGUGGUGCAAGCGGACAGCGCAUGUCGCUCCCGCGAACUGGAAGCCUACAUGGAGAGUCAAGGGAUUGAGUUGGACCUGGUGCCUGCUGAGGCUCAUUGGCGCAUAUCACAUGUUGGAAAAGCCAUCGGUAGCGUGAAGCACGUCAUGAAUGUUUUAGCCCGGGAAGAACCCUCAAUCACCCCGGAAGAAGCUUUUGCGGCUGAACAAGCUUUCACUGAGUACGUGUACCAAGAAAGGUUGUCCCGGGCGAAGAACAGCCGUAACUAUGCCCUGAAGGAUUUCACCCCUGGGGAUUUGGUUUAUGUUUGGAGAGUUCAAGACAAAAAGAGUGUCAAGGGAACCAAGAAUGGGGGUUUUACGGGUCCGGCUAGGGUUUUAGCAGUAGAAACUCGUCGAGAUCCUGAAGGCAAUCUGAGGAGAGCAUCAGCUCGGGAAACGUGCUUAGAAGAAUUGUCUCAGCCAGUGGAUUUGCCGUGGACGGUGACGAAACUAACUGAUGACCUAGGGAGUCACGAAUUUGAGAACGUGAUGGACGAGGUCCCGAAGGCAAUUGAGUACGAGCAAGGACUGGACGAGGAGACCACCUCCGAUGCGUGUGUAUGGGAAAAGGACCGUGCCAGCAUGUCCGAUGUCAAGAGAGGCAAACAAGGUAUGGUGGAGGAUCUAGGAGCCUUCAUGGUUAGUCAGCUGAGACGUAGGGCUGUUGAAGUGAGUGAAAGGUACCUAGAUGAAAGUGAACUUGCUCAAAUGAGAGAGGCGAAACAGAUUGAAGUCAAAAAGUUCAUAGGUGCUGAAGCGCUGGAAGUGCUUCCAGAACAUUUGCAGCCCCCAAAGUCAGAAGCCAUGCGAAUGAGAUGGGUACUCACAUGGAAACGCUCAUCAGGUGAAAAAUCAGCUAAGGCGAGAUGUGUCAUCUUGGGAUACUUGGAUCCCCAAUACGUCUUCCGACAGUCGGCUGCACCAACGAUGUCUCGGACCACGAGACAACUGCUGCUGUGUCUGGCCAGUGCUUUGGGUUUCAAGGUGUACAAGGGAGAUGUGUCUGGCGCCUUUCUCCAAGGAAGGGAUUACAAGGGGACAGCCUAUGUGAUACCAACAGAGGAAAUCUGCAGUAGCCUAAACAUACCACCAAACUCUGUGACAAAACUCAAGAAGGCAUGUUAUGGCUUGGUGGAUGCUCCGCUGGAAUGGCUUCUCACGGUCUCUGACUACUUGGAGUCAAUCGGCUUCACUCGGUGUGUCUCAGACCCCUGCUGCUUCAAGUAUGUGGUCAAGGACAGGCUGAUCGGUUUGAUCAGCAGGAUUCACGGAGGGCUGAAACUAGAGGACUUUCUGGUUGCUGGUUGGGCUGACGCUUCUGGUCAAAAUCGGAUUGAUGGGAAGAGCACUCAAGGCCUGGUAGUGGGAAUCACUCAUCGGGACUUGCUGAAGGGAAGCAUGUGUCCAAUCAACUUAGUGUGCUGGCAAUCAUCAAAGAUUGGUCGUCAGUGUCGGAGCCGUGGUGCCGCUGAAAGCUUAGCUUCCAUAGACUGUGAAGAUCUGUUGUAUGCCGUAAGACUGCAGUUGUUUGAGAUGAAGGGGGGUAAGAUUCAAGUCCGUCGGACAGCUGGCCAUGUUCGCCAGAUACCCGCCGUCCUGGUAACGGAUAGCACCAAUGUGUACGACAGGCUUCACAAUGAGGUGUAUGUGCCAAAAGGACCAGGGCGCCGUGUGGCUCUGGAAAUGUUAGGUCUGAAAGAUGCCCUGACUGAAACUGGUUUGGAAUUGCGUUGGGUCAACAGUGAUGCCCAACUGGCAAAUUCCUUCACAAAGGACAACGAACCCCAGCAAUUGCAACGUUUUUAUCAAUUGAACCAAAACUGGAGGAUCGUAGAGGAUCCGGCCAUGAAAUCAGCCAAGAACCGAAGAAAGCUUGGGAUUGGGGCCUUAGAUGAUGGCAUUUUGCCUGCGUCGGCUGGGGGGCAUGUCAGUUCCUGA